AUGGAUAGGGUAAGUACCAUUCUUGAUGAAUACAAUAAUGAAUACUCUGAGAUCUGGGAAGGAGACCUAGGAACCGAGGACCUAGAUGAGCUGAACAGAUUAUACCCUGGCUAUAGGGUAAUGAAACCUGAAGAUAUGGACUCUGAAAUAGACAUUCUCCGAAGGAAGAUAACGGGACCCGAGCAAUCGGAAGAGAAACAGGAUAUUAAAAGAGAAAUUGAAUACGUUAGUCAGCUAAGAAGAAUGAAGACCUGGAAGAAUUCAGAACCCGAGGCCUAUCUAAACGCGACCCAUGGUACUCUCAAGGAAGAGGUAAAAACAUUAGUUGUACUCAGAAGAAUAGCUAAGGCUGAAGUUAGAAGGAAUGACUACUUGGGAAAAAUAGAUAAGCUGAAGGGUAUUAUGGAAAAACUAGGUUUUGAUCCUAAUGAGCCCGAGAAAGAGUUAGAAGCAGAGAAAGAAGAACGCAGGAAAGAAGAAGCUAGGAACAAGGAGGAAGAAGAACGUAUGAGGCUUGCAGAAGAAGCUGCCGAACGUCAGGCGAAAGCUGAGUUUGAGCGUAAGGAAGCUGAGAUUAAAAGACACCAGGAAACUGUUAAGGGUGAUAAGGAAAAAACAGAGUACUGGAGAAAAAAGCUCGAAGACUGGGAAAAAGAAAAGUCUAAACCUAAGGAAGAACCUAAGAAAAUCCCAAAGAAGCCUCAACCUAAGGAAGAACCCAAGAGACCCAAGACAGAGAAGCCCUACAGAGGUAAGGAACCCAAGAAGCCCGACAGAGGUAAGGAGACUGAGGAGCCUCUACCCGGGGAAGACACUGAAUGGCUAGAGGAUACUUUCAGCUUUGAGAACCUCCUAUUUCAGGUCGCAGAGGAUAGUAUCCCAGAAGAGGAUCAAUCUAUAUUCAGCGGUGAUAGUACGGAAGUCAUGUUGAAGGAUGUUAGGGAAGAUCAAACGAAGUAUGAAAGAUUCAAAUCAUGGGUUGAAGAUAACUUCAGAUUUGUGCUUGCAGGUGUUAUGGUAUCAGUUGCUGCUCUUCUUACAGCUAUUAUCAUACCAGACUAG